UGGAAUGUGCGCGUGCGCGUGCGCUGUCUCCUGAGAUGUUGGCGGGCGGCGGCAAGCGAGGGAUGAUGGCGGCGGCGGCGGUUUUGAGAGUGCCUCGGUGAGGACGAGGAGGAAGAUGGGGGAGUCCGGGCGGGGGCCGCCGCGAACCAGGGACCGCGUCUGGGUCGGCGGCCGGGCCUGGACGGCCGCGCCAUGACCGGCGAGAAGAAGAAGAAGAAGCAGCGGCUCAACCGCAGCGUCCUCCUGGCCAAGAAGACCGUCAGCCGCGACGGCGCUGGCCGCCAAGGUUUUGGGGAGCCCAGUGUGUACCAUGCUGUGGUGGUGAUUUUCCUGGAGUUCUUUGCCUGGGGGCUGCUCACCACCCCAAUGUUAACGGUCUUACACCAGACUUUUCCUCAGCACACCUUCUUAAUGAAUGGGCUGAUCCACGGCGUCAAGGGUCUGCUCUCAUUCCUAAGUGCCCCAUUAAUUGGAGCACUGUCUGAUGUCUGGGGUAGAAAAUCGUUCCUGCUCCUCACGGUGUUCUUCACCUGUGCACCAAUCCCUCUCAUGAAGAUCAGCCCAUGGUGGUAUUUUGCUGUUAUCUCCAUGUCUGGAGUGUUUGCUGUUACCUUCUCUGUGAUUUUUGCCUACGUUGCUGACAUUACACAAGAACAUGAGCGCAGUACUGCUUAUGGCUUGGUGUCGGCCACAUUUGCUGCCAGCUUGGUGACGAGUCCAGCCAUCGGUGCCUACCUGUCCCGUGAUUACAGCGACACCCUAGUCGUGGCACUGGCUUCAGGGGUUGCUCUGCUGGACAUUGGCUUCAUCCUGCUGGCGGUGCCAGAAUCCCUGCCGGAGGAGAUGCGCCCUGUAUCCUGGGGAGCACCCAUCUCUUGGGAACAAGCAGACCCCUUUGCUUCUCUCCGCAAAGUAGGCCAAGACUCCACCAUACUCUUGAUCUGCAUCACAGUCUUUCUCUCCUACCUUCCUGAAGCUGGCCAGUAUUCUAGCUUUUUCCUCUACCUACGCCAGGUCAUCAGCUUUUCCUCUGAAACGGUGGCAGCCUUCAUUGGGGUGGUUGGAAUCCUUUCCAUACUGGCUCAGACUGUUGUCCUUGGGAUUCUCAUGAGGUCCAUAGGGAACAAAAACACCAUCCUCCUGGGCUUAGGCUUUCAAAUCCUGCAGCUUGCUUGGUAUGGCUUUGGAUCACAGCCUUGGAUGAUGUGGGCGGCUGGGGCUGUGGCUGCCAUGUCGAGCAUCACUUUUCCUGCCAUUAGUGCCUUGGUGUCCAGGAAUGCAGACCCCGACCAGCAAGGUGUGGUUCAAGGGAUGAUCACAGGAAUCCGCGGCUUGUGUAAUGGGCUGGGUCCGGCCCUCUACGGCUUCGUUUUCUACCUUUUCCAUGUGGAGCUGAAUGAAAUGGCUGGGGUGGAGUCCCUGGACAAAGCCUCAAAGGUCAACAUGGCCAACCCAACCGAUGAGAGGGGCAUCAUCCCUGGGCCCCCUUUCCUCUUCGGAGCAUGCUCAGUCCUGCUCUCCCUCCUAGUGGCCUUGUUCAUUCCCGAACACAGCCUUGCCCUGAGGUCGGGCAGCCACAAGAAACACAGCAUCGGGGCCCAGGCCCACAUUCACGGCCCCCAGGGGGCGGGCUCGGACAGCAAAGAGCCUCUGCUGGAGGAUAGCAGCAUAUGAAGGAAGCAGAGGCUGCCUCGAGCAUCAACUCUCGGUGAGGACAGACCGUGAGGCACGGAUCUGUGACGGAGGAAGGAGGUGGUGGUGUAGCAAUGCCAGGAUCACAGCUUAGAAGAAUGGUGGCGUCCUUCCUGGAGCCGAAUAUACUAAUUGCUGUGGAAGGGGAGGAAGCCUGCACCGUUAGGUGCUGCAAGAAGAAAAGGAGUCUUUUGGUUUGCCACAUGAAAGCUUGAAAGACAUUGAAAUGCACUUAAACAUUGACAUCAUUGGGGAGGAGGAUCAGCCCGCCAAAGAACCUCUCCUUCCCAGUUGGGAGGAAGAAGGAGGAGAGGUGCUUACUCCUACUCUCUGUAAUAGACCAGUCUGAGGUGGGGAUUGCCUACCCCUUCCCAUGGUUCAGGGCAUUAAAAAAAAAAGCAUGUUGCUAAUAGCAGCCCUCUUGUACUUGUCAGUCUGUAACUAGGCAAUGGACAGGCUUGUGCUGUUGGAGGUUGCAGCGGGAUAGUUCUUUUAGUCUGUUGCAGUGAAGAAAACCAGCCCAGUGGCACCUUAAAAACCAAUGUUUGUUUCUGUAUGAACUUGUAUGAGUCACGCUGCUGAGACUCACAAAAGCUCAUACAGAAAUAAAUGUUGGUCUUUAAGGUGCUACUGAGCUUUCUUUUGUUGUACUAUUGAUACUUCCCGUUAGCAGGAACGGAGGCCAUGCAACGCUCCCAUAAACUAAAAUUGUGCAAGGCUGGUUUGGAAAGUGGUGGGCCUGCAGCUUGCCUCUGGAAAAAAGUUUCAGUCUCUUUACCCCGCUGAUUAUAACCGUGUGUCUGCAAGGUGCAUGUCCAUUCUCCAUUUUUCCAGUUCAGAGGUCCAUCUGCUGAGUUUCAUCUGGUCCAGCCUGUGUGAGCACUUCAGAACCCAAAAAGAAAAAUAUCUCAAAAAUCUCUAAUUUUGGGCAGUUCCACACGCUUGUGGCUAUACUGUGGAGUGGGCUGCCUGAUCCCCCCUUUUGGGGGGGGGGGUUUCCUCCUUCAAGAUGUGAAGAGGCUAUGGAUGAGGGGAGAUCCAGAACUCUUCCCCUGAGCCAGAGAAAUAGUUUGUGAGCAUGAAGCACCUCCUCACCCCAGUAUCUCUUAAUGUAUAUUCCAACCUGUACAUGAGAAUUGACACUCCUACAGAUCUUGGGCGUGUGGAGUGCUGGGGUUCUAGGGAAGGCUUUGGGGCGCUUCUUAAUGAAAGAUGAGCAGACUGCCUUCAGAGCUGACCGUGAUGGCUCUUCCCCCUAGGACUGCUUGGUGCAGAGGCACAUUCCAGAGCAUGAACUGCUCGGCUGGGGCAGUGGGGAGGCUUAGUGCCCCUCGCCCCUCCGCAUGCCUGACCCAGGUACCAUAGCUGAGGCACAGAGAUCCUGCAGUAGGCAAGCUGAUUUGAAAAGGUCUCUGAAGGGAGCAAAGCAAGGCUGAGAGAUGCUACGCUACUUAAAAGGGGAUCACUUAAUUGCUUGUUUCUUAGAUAGAGAUGGGAAAUUUCAGGAAAUGUUGAAGACAUGAACUGUUUUCCAACUAUAUGCUUUCUUAUCACAAAUAAGCUUACUUCACUGUUUUUAACAACAAAAUGCAUCAUGUAUAACAUACAAGUGCCCUACUUGGCAUACUAAAGAGAUAAAUACCUUAGUUUUCUGUUAGCAAAACUUGUGUGUCGUAUUAGAAACAGUGAGCUGUGCCCUGUGUGCCACCUAAACAGGCACUCACUUCCCUUCUAGUUUUAAAUAUCACUAGAGGAAGGCAAGCCGCAAUCCCCAAGCAAAGAGAGCCUCGUCUGCCCCUCCCAUGAGGAUGGCAGCAUCCUCUGGGGCAGAAGUGCAUCUUGGCUUUGUUUUCAGUCUGUACACAAAUUGCCAUUCUGUAAUGCUCUAGGCUGAAUGAGUAAAACCUUAUUUUAAAAGCCAUUUUGCUAAUUCCCAAAGAAUAUUUCACAGCAGUCAUUUCAUUGUUCCCCCACAUUGAAAGUUUUCUGUUGGAAAAACUGAAAGUCCUUGGGGGUCAGGAUAGGGGACAGGAAAAGUGUUUUUUUCCUGUGAAAUUUCUGGGGGGUUUUCCAGGCCUUCACAUCUUUAGUUUUUUGGCAGCUUUGGAUGUUCUAAGCCUGCAAUUUUCUACCUGUGUUCUAGUGACCCAGAAAAUGAAUUCGAAUAACGGUUCCCAUUUGUGUAGAAUUUGUACCCACAGAGUCUGCCUGCUGCAUCGCAGCACAAGUCUUUGCUCUGGCUUUGCCUCUUUCCAGUCAGUCUCAGUCAGGGACAGCUCAUUCUGCCGAGUCUCUGGAUUCCACUGCAGAGAUGCUUUAAAAUUCUUCUCCUUGCGGGGAGAUUGCCUGCUGCAUUUCUGUAUCAGUUACUGCUCCAGGUGUGCCUCCUAAUCAGGUGUCAAAGCAGGACAAUGACUUGCUCAGAAAUGGUCUUGACUGAGAAGGAAUGAUGCUUACGCUUGCAAAUUCUACAUACUGACUGGGUGCAAGGGGGAAAGAUGUCUCUAGUUUUAAUGGGAGGGCAUGCUUUUGGGCUUUAGAGGCUUGGGCAACACUAUUCUGAAUGGAGAGGGCACAAAGUGGAGUUACUGAAUGAGUUAUUGAAAACUUUCCGGAGUCAAGUUCCUCCCCCUUGCUUGGGAUAUUUGGAAGCCUCUUUGCUAAGAAAUCCAUUGGCUGUAGGUGUGAGGUGUUUGAGUAGUGGGGAGGGGGGAGUGAGGACACUACACUUCUUGUGAAUUUAGGUAGUAUUUAAUCUCUUCACAGCUGAUCUGUCGAGGGAUUUCUGUAUUGAAUUCAGAACAGGGGAAGAUCAAACUUUAGAAUUAAUACAGUUUGGCCUAUUAAAGGCGGGAGGAAUCUUGAGUCAAGGUUGCAAGUGUAAGGGGAGGGGAUGGAAUUUGCACCCAGAAACCCAAAGUUGUAGAUGAAGUUUAGCUGGGCAAGCUUUAGUUUGUGUAGAUGUUUUUUCAUGUCUUGUGGCUGCACAUUUUGGGUCUCUUGCAAAAGCUAAGGACUCAAAAGUCAGGAGGAAAGCAGGCUUGUGUGUACAUGAUUUGCUGGCAGGUAAGGGGGUGGAGUCCAGGACUGUGAGAAGUAAACCUGGUCAGGGUCUGGAGAUCUGUAUCUCUUGCCAGUAUGACUCCAUUGUGACCCCAGAUAGCCCUCCUGAUCAGGAGCUUGCACCAACCAUGAGAGAGAGUUUUAGGAAUCUGCACAAGAUGAAGUUAAUGGUGUUGUAAGCAAAGCAGUCUCAAGGGUUUCUUAAGCCCUGGGGGGCUAGAAGGAUAUCAACUUCUCAGUCUGGGGGAAACUCAGAAGCCCCCCCCCCCCAACUUCUCGCCAUGCACUUGGUUGUAGCUAACCCCUGUUAACUAUAGGUUUUGGCUGACAGAUAUUCUACUAGAAAAUGCAGCCAGAGGCAAAACUUGUUGGUUCAGAUUGGUGAGAAAUUACCCCAAUAGCCCCUCUUUAUUGAAGGGGAGCAGGGCUCCUCAUACCCUGUUGGUUCCUGGUCAUAACGUUUCCCGGAUCUUUUCUUGUCCACUCCCUGCCCAAAAGGAACUGUGGCUCUGGAGCAUAAAACAUAUUUUGCAUGCAGAAGGUUACAGAGUUAAGCCCCCACAUCUCCAGUUCACAAAGAUCUUGGAAAGCACAUGUUGGUAAAGACUAUUCUUUGCCCAAGAUCCCAGAAAGUUGCUGCCAGUCCGAGUAGAUCUCCUGUUCCUCAGUCUUUGCCAGGUUAUCCCAGCCAAACUGAUCUUUAACUUCACUGGCGGAAGAGUGAGCAGUUCUCUACAUUCCGUUGCUUGCACCUGAGCAAUUAGAUAGGGGGAGGGAAACAGAAUAGAAUGAAUGUUGGGGUGCUGUAGAAGAAGACUGCAAGUUUUGGGGGUGAGGAGAGGAGCAAGGCAUUGUUCAUGGUGCUCAGACCUAGUGUGGAUAAACUCUGAAAGUGCAGCUUAUUGCCAAGUUCUCUUCUGAGGGCUUUUUCCAUGUCUUCUUCCAUGAUUCAGGGUGGGGCUCACUGUUACAUUGCAUUCUUCCCCCAUCCCCCCCCCCCCAAUAUUUAAAGAACUUGUGCAAGGCUAAUAGGAGCCAAAGCUACCAGAGACCAAUGAAGAAAUGCUGCCUUCCUGAAGGGGCUAGAGCCUGCACAUUGAAAUAGCUGUCAAUUUAAUCAGCAGGUUUGGAGGGGGUGGUAUAUGUGUAGAUUCUGCUCUUUGAAAAACUUAAAAAGCAAGUUCUCAGCUGGCAUUGAAAAAGCUGGUUACUCACCUACAGGGCUCGAUGCCUGUGUGCAUCUACAACCUUUUGUAUCACACGUCUGGCCGCCUUCCUGCAUUUCCCCCGAUGCAUCUCCUGGAAGUAUCAUGGUGGAGGACUGCCUUGUUCCUGGGGUGCAGAGAGUCAGCCAGCAAGUGGUUGCCCAAGUACCUUCCUAGUACUUCCCGUCUAGCAUUCAGCCGGUGGACUGGGGCCUGCCCAUUUGCGGGGAGAACGUAGAGUUAAGACACGAAGAGACGCCCUCCUCAGUACAGUGACUGACUGGCCUACUGUUCUGUCUGCACUCUGACAAAGUGGGCACCGAUUUCUCCAGACUUCCGCCUUGAACAAACACUUUCUGGCUUGCUAAGUGAGUACAGCCAUACUGCAGUGGGGGUAGCUGCUCCAAAUCACCUGCCAGCCAAGCACACCCACUGUCCUUACACCCCUAACAUCUAAUUGUUUGUAAUAAGAUUUUCCAAGCCAAAAACCUCUCUUCUUUUGCCUUUUUAUUUUCCCUUUAACUUUUUAGAGUACUACUUUUGCACCUGGGAUGAAGGCUUCAAAAACACCCAGCCCCUUUCAGACAAAUCCAUACUUUUAAAAGGAGGUUCUGUCAGUGACUUCUCCACUUGAUUGUUAUGUGUACCUUUAGUUUCUGAUGAAAUGUGAUUUUAAAAAUAAACUUAUUUGAAUUUCAA